AGGAAAGGAAUUGGCACCUCCUCAUGCACAAUUGCUGCUGCCGCCAUCUCGCUGUUUGCAACCUGCUUUUCAGCUGACUAAACUCAGUGAACUGCAAGACUUAGUCCAAUGGAGAGUGGAACGAGAGACCUUAAAAUAAAGGAGCACUGCUGAGCCAAAAUGCAUAUCACUUUGAAAUGGAUGAGGGGGGUAUAGGAAAGUACCAGUAGAGACUGAAGACCAGCUGUGCCUGCCUUCUGUACUUCAACAAACUGGAGUCUAUCUGGAGUAUAUAAGCCAAAAGAGAGCAAUAACAGGUCCUUAAAGAAGAGAGACACUGGAGAAGGCCUAUAGAAAACAUGGAGCCAAAAGCCAAGGUGAAAAGAGUCUCCAAAACGAAGCAAAGCAAAAGUGCAGAUGGCUGCUUCCAAAAUGGCGUGUUUUCCAAUGGAUUUUGCUCCAUGAAUGGUGCCAAGCUGCCUGUGGUUAGAGCCAUAGAUGAUGAUGAAGAGUACGGAAAAAGGAAAACACAAGAUGCCAAUUUUGAGAAAGAGAUAUUGAUGACAUCUGCAAACAAUCCAGAGCUUUGUGUGACCCAGCCCAUGAGAAGCCUUACAGUGGAUGAAUACGCAAAAGCCUUUAAGUCAUUCUUAGACCAUUCAACUGAGCACCAAUGCAUGGGCCAGUUCAAUAAGGAGGAACUGCCAGGUAUAAUAGCCAGCCUUGGAAAUGGAAAAUCUACCAUCAAGGUGCUAGGUGUGGGAAGUGGCACAGGUGAGCAAGACUUGAAAAUGAUUAGGAUAAUUCAAGCUGUGCAUCCAGGAAUCUUUAUCGAAAAUGAAGUCAUAGAGCCCAACCCUCAACACAUUUUGGCGUAUAAAGAGGCUGUAAGAAAUUCAACUGACCUAAAGAAUGUUUCAUUCAGCUGGCACCAGUUGACCUCCAUGGAAUAUGAAAAGCAGGCAAAAGAGCAGAAAAUUCAAAAGAAAUAUGACUUCAUACACCUGAUCCAGAUGCUGUACCGUGUGGAGGAUAUUGCAAGCACUAUCCGGUUUUUUCACAGCUGCCUAGAUUGUUAUGCUAAGCUUCUGAUUAUAAUCUUAUCAGGUAACAGUGGGUGGGCCUCCAUAUGGAAAAAUUACAGACACUGUCUUCCCCCAACCGACAGCGGCCACUACAUCACAGCUGAUGACAUCAAAGUUGUCUUGGAAGGAAUGGGAGUUACAUACCAAGUAUACAAUUUCCCUUCUUAUUGGGAUAUAACUGAAUGCUUUAUUGAAGGAGAUACCACUGGAGGUCAAACACUGGACUUUCUGACGGGAACUAAAGACUUUAUGAAUUCAGCACCCCAGGAUCUGAAGCAGAGUCUUCUACAAGCUUUGCGGCAGCCAGAAUGCAGCACCAAGAAGGAUGGAAGGGUUAUGUUUGGAAAUGAUUUGAGUAUGAUUGUAGUAAAUUCCUAAUACCAGUCAAAAUAGUAGGCACCAUUUUAGUUUGUGUUUGGUUAGGUAUUGAGCAAGCAGAAUCAGUUCUCUGUUAUGAAGAGAACUUGUUCAAUACUGGAGAAGAGAGGGGCACAAACGGGGGAAGCUUAUAAACAUUAAGAACUGGAAGCAAAUGUAUUAGUGGAUCUUUUGUGAUUAAAACAGUAUAUAUCUUGUUUAUCAUAGCAGGAGAUUGACAUUAGUUUUCAUGGAUACACACUGCCUCUGAGGCACAGGAAAGUGUUGCAACAUAGAGGGUGAUAAUUUGAGUAUACAGUAUCAUGGAGAGACAGCAGACUUUAAAUUAUGUUCACAUAGCAUAAAACAGGUACCGGGGACUAAUAUUUAAUGUAUUGUAUAUAUUUAAGAAAGCUCAGUAGCCUAAUUGUGUACACAUUACAUGAUCCCUAAGUAUUUAGUCCAGCAAAUAUUCUGUCCUGUGGGCCAUUUCUCUCUUUGUUACAUUGCAUCGUAAUAUGAAUUUUGGAUAAUAGGAGCUCCUUACAAUCAACAGUUAGAGGCCCUGAGGACUUCAGUACCUUUAAGAUUUGAGAAUUAUUCAACAUUGGCAUACCAUCAGCAUGAGUAUGUUUAUGUACAUCAGCCCCAAAAGAAUAUGGCAAGCCCGCCACUGUAAUUUUUGUAUUUUCAUACUGUAUCCUUCCUUUUUAAAAUAAAUUGU